AUGAGCACCCUCCUAUCCCCACACUUACAGCAAAUAUCCGGCGCGGCAAACUCCCUCUCAUCACUCCCCUUUGCCCCACCAAAGGUCUUUACAAACGGUUCUUCCCCCUCCCGCCUCUUUCCCACUUCCUUCCUUCCUCCCAAUGCUAACAAUACCAACCUGAAAACUAGCCCUCCUCCGCUCAACCGACAUUGUCUCACUUAUCCGCGACACGGACGCGCACGAGCGCGCCCUCUUCACCGUUCCCACCGCGCCGACGGAAAAGAAGGACAUGAAAAAGUCGCGCAUGAGCAUUGCGCCGCGGAAGAAUACUGCCGUGUAUUCCGCCCUGGGAGGGGACAUGGUUGAGAAGUUGCGGAGGGGUGGAGCUGGGGGUGUGGGUGGCGGGGUUGGGGGCGUUGCGACGGGGGAGGUGGAUGUAGAGGUGUUGCUUAUGGGCGCUGAGAGGCUUUUGGGGGUUUAGUGGGUUCCUUCCUUCCGAGUUUAUGUGAAUUGGCAGGGGGGAUGGUGCGGGACUAAUUGGGGGGAUAGUCACAUUCCUGGCGCGGAAGAGAGGAUACGUGGAGCUAGGGAGCGGUACGAUCACUUGACAGAGUCAUUGGAGAAUUACGAGGCGCUUGUGGAGGCUCAGAGGCAGCAGUUGGAUCUGUUACAGGACCCUGAGCCGGAAGAGGUGGAGGAAGAAGAGGUUGGGGAGGAGGUCACGGAUGAGAUGCUCGCGGCGGAGGAAGAGGAGAUUAGAGAGCUUGAGGAACGGAAGGCAGAGCUUGAGGAGAGGAUCAGAAAUGUUGAUAGGAGAAUGUAUCGGCGGUAA